UAUAAAAGAGUAUGUGGACAAAGAGUUACUCUCAGUACUGUCUAGGCUCUGGAAAUACUUGAGACUCCAGCAAACCUACUACCUAACCGCCAUGCGUAACUUUUAUGCUUUAACUUUACUGCUCAUAGCAGUAUCUGCAAGCACCAUACUUGGCGCCAGCGUGGAUAAUCGACAGUAUGGCCAGACAUUCUGUAAGGGAAAGCCAAAUGGCCUGAGAGCUCUCGUGCCCGGCAGCUGUUCCAAAUUUAUUGAGUGUUAUCGAGGAGAGUAUAAGGAGUACACUUGCCCCAAGUUCUUCGACAUUACAGCGGGAAUUUGCGUACUAAAGAAUCCAGGCUGUGUUGAAACUAUUGAGGAAAAUCGUCAAGCGGCUACAGUUAGGGAUACGCAGAGUCCUUGCCAGACAACAACACCUCCAAUCGUUACCACUCGCCCGCCGUGCUCUGAAAACAAUAAGCCAACAACAACUCCUUCAAUUGUUACACCGACCCCGCCAUGCACCGGUGACAAGACAACACCAACACCCACUACAACAACUACGACCACGAAAACAACUACACCAAAAACAACAACUACCACUACAACUCCAUGUACAACAACUACCACGACAACGACCACGACAACAACUACGACGACAACAACCACGACAACAACUACGACAACAACAACCACGACAACAACUACGACAACAACAACCACGACAACAACUAUUACUACAACUACAACCACUCCAUGCACCAUUACGACUACAACAACGACAACGACAACUACAACCACAACUACAACAACAACGACAACCACAACCACAACCACAACGACAACAACAACUACAACUCCAUGCACAACGACUACAACAACGACAACAACCACGACAACAACCACGACAACAACUACGACAACAACAACCACGACAACAACUACUACUACAACCACAACCACUCCAUGCACCACUACGACUACAACAACGACAACGACAACGACAACUACAACCACAACUACAACAACAACCACAACCACAACGACAACUACAACCACAACUACAACAACAACGACAACCACAACCACAACGACAACAACAACUACAACUCCAUGCACAACGACUAAAACAACGACAACCACCACGACAACUACGACAACAACUACUACUACAACAACAACAACCACUCCAUGCACCACUACUACAACAACAACGACAACAACCACGAUAACAACCACGACAACAACCACAACAACAACAACGACAACGACAACAACUACAACAACAACCACCACUCCAUGCACAACAACAACCACGACGACAACAACAACAACGACGACAACGACAACAACAACAACUACGACAACAACAACAACGACGACAACCACUACAUGCACCACGACUACUACGACAUGCACCACGACUACUACGACAACGACAACAACUACGACGACCACAACGACGACCACAACGACGACCACAACAACAACCACCACUCCAUGCACCACGACUACUACGACAACAACAACAACCACGACAACAACCACGACAACAACUACGACGACCACAACGACGACCACAACAACAACCACCACUCCAUGCACCACGACUACAACGACAACGACAACAACCACGACAACAACUACGACAACAACUACGACAACAACUACGACGACCACAACAACAACCACCACUCCAUGCACCACAACUACUACGACAACAACCACGACAACAACUACCACAACAACUACCACGACUACUACGACAACGACAACAACUACGACAACAACUACGACGACCACAACAACAACCACCACUCCAUGCACCACGACUACUACUACGACAACGACCACAACCACGACAACAACUACGACAACAACUACAACCUGUACCACGACAACAACUACGACGACCACAACAACAACCACCACUCCAUGCACCACGACUACUACUACAACGACAACAACCACGACAACAACUACGACAACAACUACAACCUGUACCACGACAACCACCACCACGACAACUACCACAACUACAACCUGUACCACGACAACCACCACCACGACAACUACCACAACUACAACCUGUACCACGACAACCACCACCACGACAACUACCACAACUACAACCUGUACCACGACAACCACCACAACUACAACCUGUACCACGACAACCACCACCACUACAACCUGUACCACGACAACCACCACAACUACAACCUGUACUACGACAACCACCACCACGACAACUUGCACCACGACAACAACAAAAACAACAACUUGCACCACAACAACAACAAAAACGACAACUUGCACCACAACAACAACAAAAACAACAACAUGUACCACCACCACCUGCCCCGCGCCUACAACGGUGACUACUCCGUGCAGCACAACGACAACAGCUUGUGCCCCAAUCAUAACAACACCGUGCCCAGGCUCAAAAGCAAAUAAAGGCAUUUCAGCACUGAAUGCUAAGCACCCGGUUCGUGCCCGUCCCAACCGUCGUCCUUUGAAGGAAGUGGUUCAGACUUUGCUUGGCCUCUCAUCCGUUGAAAAUGGAAUUCAAAUCAACUGUAUUGGCAAGCCUGAUGGCUUCCUCAUGGCCUCUCCUAAGCGCUGCAACGACUACUACAUCUGCCGCCACCAGCAAGCCCUGAAGGUCAGCUGCGGUGACAGAUACUUCAAUGGCCAGAAGGGAAUUUGUGAUCUACCUGAGAAUACUGGAUGUGUUCAGCACUAGAUGAACCCAAAAUAUAACAACGAGGAACUCUUAACCGAUGGAUCCUAACUAUAAACUGAAAACUAUACUUGAAAUGUUAUUCUGAAAAUAAAUUAUGCAACUGCCUAAAAAAGGCAACCGAA